AAGAUGAAACAGAUGAGUUUUCAUUUAAUAAUAGUGAAGAUAUUGAACCAGAAAUAGAAAACAAUAUAAUAGAUAAGAUAACAGAUAAUAUUAAAGUAGAUGAAAUAGAAGAAACAAACAGGCAAGAAAUUAGUUAUAGUAAAGAAAGAAAUAAUGAAACUAAUGAAAUAGAUGAAAUAGAUGAAGCAAAUAAUUUUUAUUAA